AGAUGUCCCACUCACAUCUCAUGAUCCCGAUCGUAUGGAUGUUGGUGCAGAUCCAGUUUGGCAAAUCUCUCAGUCCCAAUGACCCCAAUGUGUGCAGUUUUUGGGAAAGUUUUACAUUGGCCGUGAAGGAGUCAUACACCCAACCCUACAGCCAGUUAUCUCCUGAUUCCUGUGACAGCUCAUGGAACUACUUCAAGGCCUGCACCCCUCAAAAGAUCUUGUAUCGGACGGCGUACCGGCACAGGGUAAAACUGGACUACAGAAGGAGAUACUGGUGCUGCAAGGGAUAUUAUGAGAGCAACGACAUCUGUGUUCCUCGUUGUACUCAGGAGUGCGUUCAUGGCCGUUGUAUUGCGCCGGACCAAUGCCAGUGUGAGCCCGGCUGGAGAGGAAAAGACUGCUCGAGCGCUUGUGAGGCCCACGUAUGGGGACCUAAGUGUAACUCCACCUGCCCGUGCCAGAACAACGGGGCCUGCGAUGCUGCCUCCGGAACGUGCAUCUGCCCUCCGGGCUUUCGGGACCCUUUCUGUGAGAAACCCUGUGAUCCGGGCACCUAUGGAGGUGGCUGUUCCCUCAGCUGCCAGUGUAAGAAUGGAGCCGAGUGUGACCCCGAGAAUGGAGCCUGCCUGUGCCCAGAGGGAUACACUGGACCAUACUGUGAGAUUCGGUGUAAAGAGGUCCAGCCGGCCAACUUCAGCUGCUCAGACCAAUGCUUGUGUCAAAGUGGCGGCAUAUGUAACCAGAGCUCCGGCGAGUGCAGCUGCCCACCAGGAUGGAUGGGGUCUCUCUGCUCCAUUCCUUGCCCGGAUGGCUACUAUGGACGGAACUGCAAGCAGGAGUGUCUCUGCCACAAUGGUGGCCAAUGUGACCCAAAAACUGGCCAAUGCCUGUGCUCUGAGGGCUACACAGGGGAUCAUUGCAGAGAAGAAUGUCCUAUUGGCAAAUAUGGGAAAGACUGCAGUGAGAAAUGUGACUGUAUAAACGCAGUGCGGUGCUACCACAUCAAUGGGGGCUGCCUAUGUGAGCACGGAUUCAAAGGGGAGGCUUGUGAUGAGCGGAUGUGCCCCCCUGGCUUGUAUGGAAUGCCCUGCAACCUGCGCUGCCUGUGCGACCCCCUGCACUCCCAGAGUUGCCACCCAAUGAGUGGGGAGUGUGCGUGCAAGCCAGGCUGGUCCGGCCUUUACUGCAAUGAGACCUGCCCCCAUGGUUAUUAUGGAACCAACUGCCAAGAGCUGUGUGUCUGUCUGAAUGGUGGGUCCUGCGACAGUGAGACGGGGGAAUGCAUCUGUGCCCCAGGCUUCACAGGACCCCAGUGCUCCAGUUACUGCCCAAUGGAAACAUAUGGGCCCAAAUGCUCUCAGAAGUGUGGCUGCAAGAACUCCCUUGCCUGCUCGCCCAUUGAUGGCUCGUGUGUGUGUAAGGAAGGCUGGCAAAAAGGGGACUGCUCUGUGCCCUGCCCCAAAGGAACAUGGGGUUACAACUGCAACAGAACAUGUGAGUGCAAUAAUGGUGCAUCCUGCAGCCCCAUCAGCGGCCUCUGCUCCUGCACCUCAGGGUGGCAUGGCGACAAAUGUGAGCAACCAUGCAAGGAUGGAACUUUUGGUCCUGGCUGUAGGCAACAAUGUGAAUGUGAGAAUUCAGACAACUGUGACCCCAUCACUGGGCAGUGUUGGUGCUUGCCGGGAUGGACUGGUCCAGAGUGCAAACAGAGCUGCGAGGAAGGAUUUUGGGGAAGGAAAUGCAACAUGACCUGCGACUGUAAAAAUGGCGCCAGCUGCUCUCCUAAGGAUGGGACCUGCACAUGUGCCGCGGGUUUCCGAGGCCCAGACUGCGACAACAUUUGCCCCCAUGGUCGGUAUGGGAAGAAGUGCGUGCUCACCUGCAAGUGCUCCAAUCACUCCACGUGUAACCAUAUUGAUGGCUCGUGCAAAUGUUUCCCUGGGUGGAAAGGCAAUGACUGCUCAGAACCUUGUACUUUGGGUUUCUGGGGUAAGGACUGUGCCAGUACUUGUAACUGCCAGCAUGGAGGGCACUGCAGCCCCACUGACGGCACAUGUAUUUGCCCAAUAGGCUGGACUGGGAAAACUUGCUCAGAAGUCUGCCCCCUGGGGUCCUAUGGAGAGAACUGCAUCCACAAGUGCAGAUGUCAGAAUGGCGCCGAGUGCGAUCAUAUGACCGGCAAAUGUUCCUGCCUGCCGGGAUAUCACGGGGCUUUCUGUGAAAUCAAAUGCCCUGACCGAACCUAUGGGCUGAAAUGCCACCAGGUCUGCGAGUGUCUCAAUAACGCCACGUGCCAUCAUGUGACCGGGUCCUGCCAAUGUGAAGCUGCCUGGUUCGGAGUACACUGUGAGAAAUCCCUGAAUGUGGAGGUGCCCUUUACAAUGGUGCCGAAUACACCCCCUGCCACAGAUUCCAUUGGUCCCAUAAUUGGCAUUGUCGCCCUGGCAAUCCUGGUGGUGGUGCUGAUUGGCUUCUUCCUCUACUACAGACACUGGCAGAAAGACAAAGUGACCCGGAGCCUGACCGUAGCCUACUCACCCACGCGGCCGGCCAGCUCAGUAUAUGAAGUGCCAGACGUUCCCCCAGUUGGAUACCUGCACUAUUAUUCGAACCCAAGCUACCAUACGCUGUCCCAGUGCGGCCCCUGCCCACCUCCUGUUCCCAGUAAGCCUGAGAGGCCAAAUUCUGUAAAGAUGGCGGGUAAAGGGCAUUUCCCCAAAGUGAAGCACCCAGACAGGGAGCGUAUUGGCGGCUACGGGACAGAUUACAAUGCCACGCUGCCGGCUGACUGGAAGCACCAUGGGGUACCACUGAACCCCAGAGAUAUGGGAGGACACCGGAUUGACAGGAGUUACAGCGUUGGUGUAUACUACAAUAAAGCAAACCAUUAUGUGAAAGACUCCGGCCUGAGCACCAGCUCCAGCUCUCUCAACAGCGAGAACCCCUACGCUACCAUCAAGGACUUCCCAACGCUGCCGGGGAAGCUCACCGAAGGCAGCUACAUGGAGAUGAAGUCUCCUGUCCACCGAGAAAUGUCUUACGCAGAAAUUGGACUCUUCGACGAAGACGCCCAGUACCAGCAGGACCUUAUGGAGGAAGAAAAUUUCCCUCUGGGGGCAGAGGGAGUCACGACUAUCCAUCGUAACAGUGUGCCACCAACUAGCCAUUAUGAUUCCCCAAAGAACAGUCAUAUUCCCAGUCAUUAUGACAUGCCACCGGUGCGGCACUAUCCUCCCUCAACCCCAGCAAAGCAACAAAACCGAUGAAGCAGCUAAUGCAGUUGAUAGAAAGUCUUUGACCGGACCAAUGUCGGUAGCACUGCCAAGUACGUAUCAUCAAGACUUCAAUGGGACUGAAGAGCGUUGCAGUUGCCUUCUGGAAGGGUCCGGUUAUUUGUUCUUCUCAAUAUGGAUUUCUUGGUGGGACGCCAGAGUUCUCCACCAAUUCUGUUUACAUGCAGCACCCAUUGGGGCUGUUACAACCCUAGAUGGGGGAUUCAAAGUUCCGUUUCAAUGUGAAUGGACAGAAAAACUUUUGUUGUGAAUAUUUCUGAAAAUAGUUCAGUAGAUUCAAUAGAUAUGGAAAGACCCUUUGCUGGAAUACAGGUAGGCUGCCAAGACUCAACAAGCCAACCAAUCCUACAUCCACAGGUCUUUCUCAGCACCCAAUGAUCCUGGAGAACUAAGGUAUCUAGUCAAUGGGUAGUGGACCCUUUUAAGGUUCCUUCCGUUCUCUCUAACAAAAAAAGUGCAUCUCCCGGAGUGAAGAGGGAAAUUCUGAGCCACAGUGAUGUCAUCAGUUCUAAUCAGCACUUAAUGAUGUCACUAGUCACAUGACUCACUAAAAAUUUUCAAGUAAAGAAAAAAGUGCCAAAUUCAAACGACUAUAUAGAUAGUAGAAGCCAAUUGGCCUGCAGCUAUGUGUUCUUGAAUGUUCAUGGAACCCCUCAGUGACUUCUAAUGUUGUUCUGUACUACAACAGCGGGUUAUUUUUCCUUAUAUCGGUGACUGUAAGAAUGGUUGACUGCAAACACCUGGAAGCGCUUCGGGGGGGGGGGGGCAGCUAAUGAAUACGUAUAAUCUAAAGUUUUGCUGAAUGCAAUAGGUGGGACUUUGUUCAAACAACAGAUAAAAGAUGGCUUGAAAGAAAGCUAAUGCAUAUGUACUCCCAUUGGUCAUAAUCAUGCCCCGCCUCCUUUAGAUCUCAAGGGACCCCAAAUUGGUAUUGGUUAGAGCUGCAAUGGGGAAAUACAGCAGAUUGUAACAUUCCUACUUGAACAUAACCCCUGUAUCUGCCAUCCUUGUCCAGGGUUGGACUGGGAGGUGCAGGGCCCACCGGGGCUUCUGCCUCAGGGGCCCCUGCACCCCCUAAUGGCCCCUGCCGCCUUCACCCCCCCAAAGGCCCCCAACACCCUCCGCACACCUCCCCCAAGCGCUCCUAAAAGAAACGUACCUGUGGCACGACGGGGGAGGGAGACAGUGGCCCAGUCCAACGCUGUCCUUGUCUUAUUCAGGCUGGAUUAGCCUCUUCUUCCACAAUUAACUUAAAGGGGUUGUUCACCUUGAACUUUUAAUAUGGUGUAGAAUGUCCUAUUCUUAGCAACUUUGAUAUUGGUCUUCAUUUUUCAAUACUUGUGUUUUUUUUACGUUUAAUUUUUGUUCAGCAACUUUCCAGUUGUGAAUUUGAGCCGUUAUCUGGUUGCUAGGGUUCGAAUUACCCUAGCAACCAGGGAGUGGUUUGAAUGAGAGCCUGAUAUACAGUAUGAUUAGGAGAGGGGCUACAUUGCCCAUUCUAUAAUAUGCCAAAAGUUAUUCUAAAUGGUAACCCACCCUUAAAUUUUCAUUUUCUUUUCCCCAAACCCCCAAUGCAUUGUGCCUCUGAUCGGACAUAAUUCAUUGCAAUGGGCAAAUUUCAUAGAAAUGUUCAUUUCCAAAGAGAUACAGAAAACCCUAUAUUCCCUCAUCCUCCAAAGGACGGUGGCUUUGAGUUGAUUUGUACAUAAAAUUUGCACUAUGUCUGAUUUGUUUCCAACGUCAUGAUUUUUGUUUUAUUACAAAAUAAAAGCUGUAGCAUAAA